CAGGCUAGGCCCGAGGCUGUUAGACAGCUGAGUCCCUUAGUGUCAUCGUGUAUCUCUAAGUUUGAGGCUAUACUUGGCAAGGAAGCUGUAUCGACUAAAGAGUCGAUCCGAGCACAAUAUUCGAAAGAUGAAGCUGCAUCGUUCAGGCCUCAUCUCCCCUCUGUGGUGCUGCUGCCCACGUCUGUCGAGCAGAUUUCAGCUGUUGUACGUGUUUGUAAUGAACAGAAAAUCCCCAUUGUUCCGUUUGGGACUGGAACAGGACUGGAAGGAGGCAGUGUUUCUCUGAUGGAUGGAGUAUGCAUUUCUGCAUUGAACAUCGAAGGUGGGAUCUGUGAAUUGAAUGAAGCAGACUUUGACGUUGCCGUACGACCGUCAGUCACAAGAAAGCAAUUGAAUGACCAUAUCAGGAAUACAGGACUGUUUUUCCCAGUUGAUCCAGGAGCCGACGCGUCAUUGUGUGGCAUGUGUGCAACUUCUGCCAGUGGAACCAAUGCGGUUCGAUACGGAACAAUGAAGGAAAAUGUACGCAAUCUCGAAGUGGUGUUAGCAGAUGGUUCCGUUCUGCAUACAAGAGGAAAAGGCACAAGAACCAGAAAAUCGGCAGCCGGCUAUAAUCUCACGGAACUCUUCAUUGGUUCCGAAGGAACUCUAGGAAUCAUUACAAAAGCUGUUCUGAGGCUCCAUCCCAGACCACAAGCACAAGCAGUAGCUCUCUGUCAUUUCCCUACAGUGGCAGAUGCUGUGAAUUCAGUUGUGGAAACUCUACAAAUGGCAGUUCCUGUUGCCAGAAUAGAGUUCCUGGAUGAUGUUCAAGUGGCUGCAUGUAAUGUCUACAGUAAGUUGAGUCUAGCCGAGCAACCAACUAUAGCCCUCGAGUUUCAUGGACAGAAUGAAAACGAAGUGGCAGAGCAAGCAAAGUUUGUGGAGGUCUGUACGAACAACCGAGGCUCCGCGUUUGAAUGGGCAGUGGAGCUGGAAGAAAUGGAAAAAUUGUGGGCAGCACGGCAUAACGCGUAUUAUGCUGCAUUAGCGAUGAGGACUGGAGCGGUGGGCUUCACUACAGAUGUAUGUGUACCGAUAUCAAAACUGGCAGAGACGAUUGUCCAAACCAAAGAGGACUUGGAGAAUUUGAGCCUUAAAGGUGCAAUUGUUGGACAUGUGGGUGAUGGAAACUUCCAUGUGAUUUUGCCAGUUUUUGAAGAAAACUGUGAAGAAAUGAAAAUUGUGCGAGCAUUUUCUGAUAGACUCGUUCGACGGGCUUUGUCCGCUAAUGGAACGUGUACCGGCGAACAUGGUAUUGGAGUUGGAAAAAUACCGUAUCUCGUGGAAGAGUUUGGUCCGAUUGGUGUACAAAUAAUGAAAAAUAUUAAACGUGCUCUGGACCCUAAUGGUAUCAUGAAUCCAGGAAAAGUAUUUGUUUAA